AUGUUUGAAGUAGCUGAGUUAAUACUUCAUCAUGGAGGUAGGAUGUUUGAAGUAGCUGAGUUAAUACUUCAUCAUGGAGGUACCUUUGAAAAAAAUUCUAGGUUGUCGUAUAUAAAUGGUGAGGUAGAAGUCAUUAACAUUGACCCAGAUAAGAUUUCAUCUCUUCACCUAAUGAAAUAUAUCAAAGAAGACAGAUAUGGACAGGUUGUUGCACUUUACUUUAAGGCAGUAGAGCAGUCUUUGGAGAUGCUUGAACUAUUAUAUGAUGAUCACAGUACAUUAAGAGCAGUUAAUUUGGCUAGUAGAUGUGGUAAGGUCGACAUUUAUGUUGACCAUGGGAUUCAAGAGGCAGAAGUAGUUCCUAACUUGUGUUUACCUUCCUCUAUACCUGAGUGCGAUGAUGAUUGUGAUAUAGAUGUUGAACCUAUAGAUGAGAUGAGGACUAGUAAGCAACAAAUUGAAGAAGAGACCGAUGGGACUGAAAAUACAAACAAUGAUGAACAUAGGCAGCAAGCUGGAGGUGACAAUGGAUUUGAAGAUAGACCACAAACUGCACAAACUGGAGGUGAUAGUGGAUGUGAAGAUAUGGUUGCAUUUUGUGAAGAUUAUGAUUCCGAUGACCCUCCAAGUUAUGAAAUAGGUAGUGAGGAUAAUGUGAAUGAUGUUGGUGACCAUUCUAGUAAGGUUAAGUUCCCCUCAUAUAACCCAAAAGUCUAUCCACCACUUUUGGAAGCAGGUUUAUUGUUUGAAGAUAGCAACCAAUUUAAACAAGCCAUAAUUAGUUAUGCUGUGUACACAAAGAGAAACCUUAGAAUUACUAAGAAUGAGCCAAGUAGAAUCAGAGUUAAGUGCGAAGAAAACUGCCCUUUCUAUUGUUGUGGUCGUUGGGAUCAAAGGUAUUGUUGUUUUCAACUUAGAAGAAUAACUGAUGAUCACAGAUGCAACACUGCAGUGAAGCUAGGUAUAGUGAGCCAAAAGAGAUGCAACACUGCAGUGAAGCUAGGUAUAGUGAGCCAAAAGUGGCUAGAGGAUAAGUACGAAGAUAAAGUCAUUGCAGACCCAACAAUUGGUAUUGUUGAGUUGAAGAAGCUCAUUGCAGACCCAACAAUUGGUAUUGUUGAGUUGAAGAAGCAUAUUGAGUCAGAGCUCAAAAUCAGUUUGACAGUUAGCAUGGUUAGGAGGGCAAUUAGGUCAAUUGUGAAGAAAGUGAAUGCUGGUUUUGUUGAUCAGUUCAAAAGACUAAGAGAUUAUGCUCAGGAAUGCUUGAACUCAAAUCCAGGGAGUACUAUAAAAAUAAAAACAAGUAGAGUUGUAGAAAAUGCUCCUUGCACAUUUCAAAGAAUAUAUGUAUGUUUUGGAGCAUUAAAGAGGGGGUUUGCACAAGGAUGUAGAAAAGUGGUUGGCUUAGAUGGAUGUUUUUUAAAGGGUAAGUUGAAGGGGGAAAUACUAAGUGCCGUAAGUAGGGAUGCAAACAAUCAAAUGUAUCCGGUUGCUUGGGCGGUGGUAGAAAUUGAGAAUAUUGAUUCAUGGAGGUGGUUCUUGACCUUACUUAAGGACGAUUUGAAUAUGAGCAACACCAGUGAGUGGACUUUGAUUUCUGAUCAACAAAAGGGGUUAACUACUGUGAUCCAAAAACUAUUUCCGGAAAUAGAGCAUCGAAACUGUGCUCGACAUAUUCAUGCAAAUUGGAGUAAAAAACAUAGAGGCAUGGUAUUCAAGAAACUAUUCUGGAAAUGUGCAAAGGCAACAACUACCUCCCAAUUUGAUGAAGUUGUAAAAGAAUUGGCCAAGAGAGACCCUAAAGCAAGUGAGGAUUUAUUGAAGUACCCACCUAAGCUUUGGUGUAAAGCAUUCUUUCGGACGAAUGUUAAAUGUGAUGCUGUAGACAAUAACAUGUCAGAAGCUUUUAAUGGCAUUAUCGUAAAAGCAAGAUCAAAGCCUAUAGUGCCAAUGCUUGAAGAUAUUCGUGUUGCCAUGAUGAGGAGGAUUGCUGAAAAACGUAGAUCUUUGGAUAAGUGGCAAGGAAAUCAUGGUCAUCUUAUCUUAAAGAAAUUAAACCAAAAUGUGUUGGAUAGUGUUGGAUGGCAUGUUGACUUUAAUGGUGUUGAUGGAUUUGAGGUAAAGCAAGGAAAACACCAAUUCAAGGUUAAACUAUUGGAGAGGACAUGUAGUUGUAGAGCAUGGGAUUUGAGUGGCAUACCUUGUAUACAUGCUGUAUGUGCAAUCUUUGAUAGGAAAAAAGAUCCAGUUGAUUAUGUACAUCGAUGCUACAGUAAGGAGAUGUACGAAAUGACUUAUUCUCAUGCACUUGAACCAAUUAAUGGGGAAUUGUUUUGGCCGAGAACAGACUUGGAAGAGAUUGNAAAGUCAUUGCAGACCCAACAAUUGGUAUUGUUGAGUUGA